CGUGCACGCGCGCUCCGACUGCGGUAGCUGCACGGAAAAAAACAAGCGAGUCGAAGCUGAGGAGACAAGACGGUCCGGUCCACACAGUUUAGCUCCACAUCACAAGAUCACGUUUUUGGAGCAGGAAAUCUCACGCCCUGUCGGGUCGUAUUAACGUCGGAGACGGCUGAGGAGAUCCACUAAAGGGGAAGAAAAAAGGAUGCGUUGUAGACUUGACUGGUGACUGAUCUGCAAGCUCUCCACUUCUCGCACCCCUGGAGAUAGUCAGGUUGGAGGGGGGGGCAGAUUCCUGCAUUCCCCUCCUCUUAGUCUGAGUCUUUGUUUGGGACAACAGCCACCUGCAUCUGGAAGACACGGCCCAUCCUCUCCCGUCGUACCUGGCUCAGAACAGCUCAUCUCUUGAUUGAGAUCAGUCUGCAGGAGAUUCACCUUUAACCUGCCGAUCCCUCCCUGCCCCGCCCGUACUCUCCUGCCACCAUGGUGCUGUCACAACGGCAACGAGACGAACUAAAUCGAGCAAUAGCCGAUUAUCUACGUUCCAAUGGAUAUGAAGAGGCAUAUUCCACUUUUAAGAAGGAAGCAGAGUUAGAUAACAAUGAAGAACUGGAUAAGAAGUAUGCUGGCCUUUUGGAAAAGAAAUGGACCUCAGUCAUCAGAUUACAAAAGAAGGUGAUGGAACUUGAAUCUAAAUUGAAUGAAGCUAAAGAGGAAAUCACCCUGGGUGGCCCUGUAAGUCAGAAGCGUGACCCCAAAGAGUGGAUCCCUCGUCCUCCCGAACGAUACGCGCUGAGUGGCCACCGCAGUCCCGUCACCCGCGUCAUCUUCCACCCGGUCUUCAGCGUCAUGGUGUCGGCCUCUGAGGACGCAACAAUAAAGGUGUGGGACUAUGAGACAGGGGACUUUGAACGCACGCUGAAAGGCCACACCGAUUCGGUGCAGGACAUCUCAUUUGACCAGACUGGCAAGCUGCUCGCAUCCUGCUCCGCAGACAUGACUAUCAAGCUGUGGGACUUCCAAGGCUUUGAGUGUAUCAGGACCAUGCACGGUCACGACCACAAUGUUUCAUCUGUAGCCAUCAUGCCCAACGGAGAUCACAUUGUUUCUGCUUCGAGGGACAAAACUAUUAAAAUGUGGGAGGUGGCAACUGGCUACUGCAUGAAGACCUUUACGGGCCACAGGGAGUGGGUUCGUAUGGUGCGGCCCAACCAGGACGGCACGCUGAUUGCCAGCUGCUCCAACGACCAGACCGUCCGUGUUUGGGUGGUGGCCACCAAAGAAUGCAAGGCGGAGCUGCGGGAGCAUGAACAUGUGGUGGAAUGCAUCUCCUGGGCUCCAGAGAGCGCUUGUCCCACCAUCCUAGACGCCACAGGCUCUGAGACCAAGAAGAGUGGAAAGUCUGGGCCGUUUCUCCUGUCUGGCUCCAGAGACAAAACUAUAAAGAUGUGGGAUGUAAGCACUGGGAUGUGCCUUAUGACACUGGUUGGACAUGAUAACUGGGUGCGUGGCAUCCUCUUCCACCCCGGAGGCAAGUUUAUAGUGAGCUGUGCAGAUGACAAGACCUUGAGGAUCUGGGACUACAAGAACAAGCGCUGCAUGAAGACCCUGGGUGCCCAUGAACACUUUGUUACCUCUCUGGAUUUCCACAAGGCUGCUCCCUUCGUGGUCACUGGCAGCGUAGAUCAAACAGUAAAAGUAUGGGAGUGUCGCUGAUUUGGACCUGGGAGGACUGGAACGCCAACCUCAUUACCCCCGAUGCUCCCCAUAUACCCCCCACCCUUGAUUCCCCACCUCCACCUCUUUGCCUCCCUCCGGCUGCACUCACCGCCCUGGUUAUUUACCCUUAACGCUCUCUGGUCCGAUAACUUUUUGUCCUUCUGUGUAAAUUAUUCCUGGAUGUAGAUCGAGCUAUUAAAUGUUACACAAAAAAAAGUAUUCCUGCAUGGUAAUCCAAAAUUGUAUACUGUAAAUUUACAUAACGUUGUCUAGAAGUACCAUAGGUUUAACACAGGGCUGAACGUCUGUUCCUGUAGCCUUAUCGACCAACUGAAGGCAGAUGGUGUUAAAAAAAAAAAAAAAAAAAAACACAAAAAAGUAGGGCACUAAAAACUGAUAAUUUAAGAAAUGACAGUGUCUUUAUGUGUAAGAUUUAUUUUAUCUAUUUUUUUAUUUAGAUUUUUUUUUUCUAUUUCCUCUCCUUCACUGUUGUAGUCUGUUGGUGCCUAGCUUGGUUUGAGGAGCAGAAAGAGCAUAUUAUGAUGCAAUGAGAUGUUUGUAGGAGGCGUUAUUGACCUAAUCUGUAGCUUUAUAACAUCAUUUCUCAAGUGUGUGUACCAUUUCAUGUGGAGCUAGGUAACAUUUUAACAGCUGUGUAUAUAUAUAAAUAUAUAUACAAAUGUUUCAUACCGUCGUCCUUGGACCUGGGGGGCUCGAACAGCUUUGUACUCUUCUCUUAGGGGGGGCCGUAUAAAGCGCUGCUGGGCUUUAGAUAAAUUAUCUCUUUUGGUUAUAAGUGGCUGUUUUAGUCGCUGUGCAAAGCUUUGUGAGCAUUUUGGCUCAGUGCAGCACCGGAGCGGAGUUCAAGCAGUACGCCUUGGCUUGAAGAUGUGUUUGGGCUCGCUUUUGUAGCUUGUUUUGAGCUGAAUUUUAUUGUUGUCUUCUUCUUCUUUUUUAUAUCACUCAGCUAAAACAGUGUUGGUGUGAUGCAGGAAAGCAAUGCAAAGGUGAUAAGCUUUUCCCAUUGUGCCACUAGAUGAUGUAAACACAAAACUUUGUUUAAAUCUUAAAGCCCUGCCCCCAGGUUUGAUAUGAGAUGUGCAAAAAUAUCUAAAUGUGGCAUAAAUUAUUAGGAUUAAGAAUGAUUUUGAGGAAAAGAAAAUAGGAAAUCGAAAUUUUGCCUGUUCAAAUGAGAUUGGCAGACAUGAUUGGUGUUUUCUCUGUGCCUGGGUUCACUGAGAUUAGAUGUGAAAGAUGUCUGCAGAUAUAAACCCCUUAGAAAACCUCUCACAUUCACAGAUUGAAAAAGCAGCCAUUCCAAUCAUUGUUGGACAAAAAAAUGAAAUAUUUUCUCUAACUUUGUCCUACAAGGGGUUUCAUUAAUCCUGCACGUCCCUGUUUUAGCUGAAGACAACGUUAAAGGUUUAAUGAUGUUGAUAACGGCAUAAACCCACCGUUUCUGACAAGACUGUCCAUUCCAGCGCUGUUUCUCGUCUAAUGAAAGAGCUGCACCUCUCGACUUCUUGCUACUUCUGGCGAGUUUCCCUCUUCGUCUGUGUCUGAUGUGGUGACCUGCUGCUCAAGCUCUCGCUGAAGAAGCUGCUGCGAGCCUUACAUGACCUGUCGAUGUGCCGCUGCAUGCGAAACCUGCAUCCAGAGGCAGAGCUGUCAGAACGGAUUCUGGGGGAAGAUUGACGGGACUCUGCCUACUGUAGAGUGGAAACUCGAAGUGUGCUGAUUUGCCUUUAAUUUGGCUUGGAGGCUAAAAGUAGUGAUCACAUGUUAAAAAUCGGUCCCUUUUGAAAUAACUGGGUUGAGUUCAGACAGCUCUGUUGUUUGGUUUGUAGAGAGGCUGGUUUGUUGUGUGAUGCCUUUUUUCCUGUAUAUGCAGCCGGAUUGUGGCAGACUACGGAUGCCCCCAAAGGAGAAAUUGUCUCCUUCAAGGAAUUUUACCCAUGAUGCUCUCUCUGAAGAUCUUGAUUUGGGUUUUUUCCUCGUUCGAAACUGUUUUCUCUGUCUGAUGUGGGUGAAGAGGGAAGCAGUUUUGUAGUUCAAUUUGGCACCAUGUGUUUAGGUGUUCAAGCUGAUGCCAAAAAUGAAGACGUUUGUCCGUACAAUCUGGUUUAUCUCAGAAAAAAUGAACCUCAUUCUUGUUCCGGGCCCUUUUAAAAAUGGGAAUUCUCCUCAAGAUCACGCUAUGAUAUGCCAGACCUUCACUUGAAAGCUGAAAAAUGUAUUUUCCUUCCUUGGUUUUAUUCAAGGAGGUCGCUUAUCCAGAGGUCGGGAUGAUGUGUGCUCACAUUAUUUUGUAAUAAUCAGUAGGAAGGUAACCCCCUUUUAAAACAGCUGCUGAUUUUUCUUUGUUUCUUUUUUUUUAUGUAAGUGUUUCAGAAAAUCCAGUUUUGCCAUUCGCAGGUCCCAAGCAAUCCCUGUGCUGCCUUGGCUCGGUGCGAAGGGACCGACAGGCGAGGUUUUGGAAGCCUGUGAGUCGUUUCCGCCAGCCUCGAGUCCCUGUGUCCUCUGUUGAGCUGCCUGUUGAACAACAUCUGAGAGCUUCAGACUGCACAAUAAGCUCCUUACAGGGAAGCUCAUGAUGUUUUUGCCACUAUGAUCUCACUCUUCACACAGCAAACUGUUAACAAUAUACCUGGAUGUCAUUAUUGUUUGCAAUAUAAUAAAAGAAAAAAGACUGCA